AUGCCACCUACAGCAACCGAGAGUGGGUCUUCCAGCUCAAAUCCAACUAUAAAUUCUGUGUAUCCAUAUUCUGUAGACAUAAACCCUAGACCAGAUCCUGAAUCCAAUAUAGUUUUCCGGACAAUCCCACCACUUAUAUGCCGAUAUGUAAUUCAUAACCUUUCAAAAGAACAAUACUUAAAGGAAUUCACGACGAAAGUAGUCAUUGGUCUGGAUUUUGAUUAUGAAGCUGAAAUUAAUGAUUCAGAGUUUUUUGAAGAAGUGCAUGAUGAAGUAGAAGAGAAUAUCCAGGAUUGGCUAUUAUUGGUUAGUAAAUUACCUAAAUUAGGUACAUCUAGAUAUACCAUUAUAAUGAACUGGUUGAGUUUUUUCAAACGUCUUGGGACUUAUUUCGGAUUUACGGAGUAUUUUUCUAAUCGUGACACAUUUGAUUGUCGCAGAGUUGAUCAUGGUGAUAGUUACAGGCAAUGUGCAACCCCGAGAACAGCAUACAUGAUUGAAUUAGUUUGCAGUGCUGCUGUUGUGGUUCUGCUUUUCGAAAAGUUAAUUCCCGAAGAAGUACAUCCAUCAGAAGGAGAAGUUACUAUAUUAGAUAUUUGGAAUUAUGUUGCAAGUCAUGAAGAAUGGGCAGAGGAGCGAGCUCUUGCUGCGGAACAAAGAAAAUCUGCAAAACAAAAAAAAGCUGGCAAGCCAGCGAAGAGCAAGCCUGUAAAGAAGGCAGCUAAAAGUACUUGGCUAUUUGUACAAAAACCGACUAAGAUAUCCAAGAAGGCAUCAUCAACGACCAAAGGAAAAGGUCCUAAAUAA